AUGUUAGUCUCUGGUGGUGCUUCCAAGGUCCUCAUCUUGGCCCAUGCGCCAAACAGGUGCCAAAAGAAUUGGCUCAAUCUCGUCGGUAGAGAGCCCGAUUAUCGUAUCUGGAAGACAACUUGGCACACAGCAAGCAGUAUUGCUUUUGUCCACUACUUGUUUUCAUCUCUCGUUUCCGGCUCGACUGGAAAUCGAGCAAGAUUUCAGAUAUUCGCCGCCGUCGCAUAUUGA